AGGACGAUUUCAGUCCUCCCCUUCCCAUCCAUUUUAUUUAGCUCCGAGGUACAUUGGUGGUCUGAGAGGAUGGCGUUUCUUCCUUGUAUAAAUCAACAGAUAAAAAUAUGCUCCCAAAAAUCAAGGCUUGUACCUAGAAACGGCUUUCAUCAAAGAUACAAGAUGAGACCACUUUCUAAACAGAAAGUGAACACACUGUUGUCGACGGUAGCUUAUCCAUCGACAACAACAUGCGAACUCACCGUUUUAUAUGGUAACCAACAAAUAAAAAAGAUCCAAGUGGAACAAGGUCAAACUUUGCUCGAAGCGAUGGAAAGUUCGGGAUUACCAGCAGAUUCCUCGUGUAGAGCCGGAGUCUGUAUGACGUGUGCUGUGAAGCUAUUAGAAGGAGAGGUUGACAACGAAGAAGCAGCACUGGCCAGCGAAGCAAAAGAAGCUGGUUUCGUUCUUGCUUGUUCAGCAUAUCCACUCUCUCCAAAAGUCAAAAUAGAGAUCAAUCACGGAGACGACGCAUAUGAAAUGCAAUAUGGAAAAUUUGAGUAUAAUAAGUAGAAAGAAACCAAGCUUGUAAACACUCUAUAAAAUCCCCAUCAUUCAGCUUGCAUUCUUGUUACCAAAAAAUAUUCUGUAUGAUUAAAGAAUUAUCCAUUUGA